GCAGCUGUAGAUCAGAGCCCCCAGCUAAAGUGUAUAUCCCCCACCCUGUUUUGCUGUAUGUACCCUCCCUAUGUCAGGUUGGUCUCCUGGUUUAGAGGAGGUAUGGUUUGCCCCACUGUGUGACUGGGGCACCAGCGGGUCUGCCUGGGGUCUGUGUGGCUGUCUGAGGUCUUUGUACAGAUCUGUGUCAGAGUGCUGAGUUUCUUCUCUGUGUUUCACUCAAGCAGCUUCAGAGAUAGCUGCAUCUUGCUGUUUGUGCUUAUCAGGAUGUGGCCUGUUCUGUGGCUAGAGAAAAAGCAGCUGCUCUGAGCUGUGUAUAAGGACAGAGGCGUUUCCCCUUCUAUCUGUGGCACAAGGUGACAGUGCUCUGUUUGCUGGAAUUUGAGCUGAGCUGUGGAUCCAACAGCAGAGUUGGGUAUCAGAUUCUCACCUCUGCACCUUAGCCUAAUGCCUCGAGGAAAAAAUAAUUUAAACCCUGUGUCUGGAGGCUUAAGCUUGGCUGUGAAACUAGCUAAAGGCAGGCUGGCUGGGGUGCCUGGAAGCAGGAAAAGAGGAAGGAAGCAAGAGUGGGAAAAGCAGGGAAAGAGAGAAUAGGAAUCCCAAGGACAAAGAACUUCUCCGCAUCUGUUUCAGACCUGCGCAUCCCUUGUGGAGAGCUGCAUCUCAGCUGUUGCGGGGACUGUGCAAAAUCCAGAGCCUUGCUCCCACCUCAUGCAGGCGGUCCUUCCUGGGCAGAUGGUGGUAGCUCACGGUUUGAAGGUGGCUUCGUCUGUCACCUUGGAAGUGACAUGGUUCAUAGCCAUAGCUUUGUGGUGGUUGCCCAAAUGUCCUUUUCAUGGCCUGGGUCAUGUGUUAAUUUUUCAAGGGAUUUUAGGAGCACACAUGAGAGGGUGAUGCAGUCCCAGAACUAGUCCUCUUACUGGCUUUGCACACAGGAGUGGGGAGGCACAGUGCUUGCAACAGGGAAUCAAGAUGCCUUGGUUGAGAUUCUGGCUCUGCCACAGUCUCUCUGUGUGAUGUCAGGCAAAACAUGUAACUUCCCCUGCCUCCCAGUCCCAGCGUAGUGCUCUGUUUCUCAGCUAGCCCAUCUUUACAGCCCUUUGGGGAAGAAAUGUCUGCCUAUGUGCUUCUGCAGGGAGCAGCAAGUGGGGAUUUGCUUCUGGCUGGGUCUGCUAUUUGUUACGGUGAAUUGAUAGACAUUGUAGUAGCAGCAAAGUUCAAAAUAGAAACGUGAAGCAAAUUGGCUCCAUCAGCUGUCCUGAGCUGAGCAAACUGUACAUUAGAAGUGUGAGAAAUUGCCCCAGUCUCACACGGGAAAGGAUAGCUAUUCUUGGGAAGGUAGAAGGGCAGAUAGCUUCUGCAAGGGUGUGGUGUGCGUCCCUUAUAAAGAGGGGAAAUUUGCCUUGCUAGCAGUUAACACAUUCAUUCAUUGCUACAGCUAAUACUGCAGGUGCUUGAAAAAGGAUGUGUUGUACAGUCAACUCUUUAAUUAUUUCUGCAAAAUGAAUACACACUGUGGGUGAAUCCUGCAGAGAGAUAUAGUGGAGACAGAGGUGGCAGAGACACCAGAGUCAGUUCUGUGAGGAACCUAUGUCCAGCCAGUGCUGUUUGCCCACCUACUUACUGCAUAGCAGUACCUCUUCCAGGACCAACUCAGAUCCAGGAGGAAUUUAAUAGCUUUUGAGCAGAGUGAGUCCUUGUUGGACCUGAGCUGCUCUCCUUGCACUCCUUUUAGUGCUCAGAGCAUGGGGAGAGCUGGGCAAGGAGACCUGCAUGGCAGAAGGGAUGAGCUGGGUUCCAGCUGUCCCUAUCACAUUGAACUUAGCAUCAGCCAGGAGAGACUUAGGCUUUGUGCAGGGCAGGGCUUCUUCCAGAAGCCAGCACAGUGUUGUGAUUUACUGUAUGUUGAUUAGCCUUUUGUUUAGUCUAAUUUUAAAUAUUCAAAGAAAUUGAGUUUCAAUCUUUUUUUGUUUUCUUGGUAUAACUUAAGCAUUGGGGUACAUGGGAAGUGUGCACCAUUUUUGUGAUGCGGGGAUAGCAAGUAGCUCGCUAGUACUGAUACAAAUACUCUGAUUCCUCUUUCUGGACUUCCUGCUUCUGAAUAGAAGGUAAUGAAAAGAGGGAAGCCUGAGCUUACACACAAAUGGAAAGAAAUUGCCUGCCAAGUUGGACUGACUCACAGCCACUCUGCGAGAGACUUUAACAAGUGCAAAGUUGUAUUUGUCAUCUUCAGAUGUAAGUUGAUGGAAGAGGAGCUUGGUCAUCCCAAGAAAUCUGACUGGAAGCCAAGGUAGCAAGAAGAUCUGGAGGAGACUGUAGGAGAUGCUGUGUGGGAGGGUGGCAUACCAGUUCAUUGUAGUUACCAUAGGACUCAUUCUGUGUCCUCAGAUAUUGUCACUGUCUCAUUCUCUGCUCCUGGGGAGCACUGGAGAAGACAUGAAGGAAGAGCUGUCCUUGGCUCCUUCAACUCAUCCUGGGGAGUUUGGCUCCAAGCAAGGAGGGCAGAGCUCCUAUGCCCUGGGCACAUCACCCUUUUGUGUCAGUCCAAGAUCCUGUCCUGAGUAAGGACCCAAGACUUAGUGAAGCUGGACUUUAAUUUGGGGGAAGCACCAAUCUGAUGUGACACAGAAAGAUUGCUCUGCCUGGAGCAGCCUUUUGGGACUUCCAAAGCCAGGAGCCUCUUCGUAAAUUAAGCCCAUGUGUCCACCCUGCUUCUAUGAGUUGUUUCCCCCCAGCUGUCAUCUCAGUAGCCACAAGUGCAUCGCUCCUUAGUCUUACGUAGAGCUCUGAAGGUGUGCCUUCACCAAUUUGUUCUGAGCCUGCAACAUUCUGGCUGCUGUCCUUGUCAGAGUGUGGGAGUCACUGGAGAUGCUGGCAGGAAACUUGGCUCCUCUUAUUUUAUCUGUCCUCCAACCAUUUGGCGGCUGAGACUGAACGCCUGUGUGUGCAUUCCAGGGCUAUUGCUGAGUACUGUGUGGCAGGUUGUCAUCACCAUGGGGGAGGCUUACUGUGCUUUGGGUGAGUGCUCUCUCUUGCUGGGCAGAGCGUCCUCUGGCCCUAGUCUUCCAGGGACAUGGUAAGAAUGAGUCUUAGGUUGCAUGGGAGAAUCAGAAGCUGCACGGAUUGGAGCAAAGGUGCCAGAUAUCAAGAUCAUCUGCCUGGUGAACUUUGUUUUAUGCAUGAGCCUGCACUGAGUGUGAUGAAGUGUCUGCCAUGUGCACAGGAACUGAGAAAUCCGUGCAAAAGUCCAAGGAAGCCCCACAUGUGCCCAGCUCCCAGAAGUAUUCAUAGUGAUAGGCAGUUAUUGGCUCCUAUUGACAUUGCAAUGCAGUAAGUGGAGCAGGGAGGAGUCCAGCUGUCAGCAGGACAUGCAUCAGCAGGGCAGCCAAUGGGGGAAAAUGCCUUGAAGCUCAGUAUUGAUUCAUUUUAUGCUUAGUUUGGCAACACAGAUUUCCAAGGAGCAUGGCCAUGGUAUGCCUGGCCUGAUGAUGGGUGCAUCUUUCCACACCAGAGAUGCAUAAAAAUGAGACCACGUGGCCUUCAAACCCAGCGCUUUUUGCUACCUCUUGUGACCUGAGAGCUUCCAGUCUUGAAGCUAAGUGCAGAAAAGUACAUGGAGACUUAACAUUCAUCUCAGCCAAUGGAGAGCUGCCCUUGGUCCCCCAGGGAGAAGACCUUGUCUUUGCCUUACAAGCAUGGUCAGCAAGCCUCAAUGGACUGAAGCUGAGCAAAACCCCUGACUCCAUGACCUCCCUUGGCGAGCCUGUCCAUCCUGGAGCCAGACUCCAAGGCUUUCCUCAUCCUCAUGGUCUGUCUGUGCUGAGGAAGAUACACUGGAUAGUCCAGGGAAACUACUCUCCAUGGCAGGUUGUUGCCAAAGUGCUGUUUCUCUGGCAUUGCAAAAGUCUGGCAUGGUUGUGGCCAGGUUUUUGCGGGCGCUAGCUAGGCAACAGCAGCGGUAUCUUGGUGGGGGGCUAUAAUGCAGCCCCAACAGCCACUCUUGGAGGCUUCAGGAGGCUUUGAUUCUGCCAUUUGAACUCUGUAACAUAGACCUUUCAGAGGGGAUUACAGUGGCAGGCACUGAGGAUCAUCUAGAAACAGCUAUAGCUGGAGCUCAGCCUCCAUGCAGCCCUGGUCUGCACUGUGAUUCUACAGUCUCAUUGCACAAUUAAAUAAAACAGUCAUUGAUAUUUCUAUGUGUCUCCCAGACCAGCAGCUAAAUAUCCUUCCCCUUCACUGCCCUUUAUGCUUGCUGAGCACCGGACCUUCCUCCAGUGGGAGAAAUGAGCCCCAGCCGGGUGCCUGCCUGUUCUGAAUGCAGAGCUAUGCAGACAAAGCUUCAGGUUGUUCUGCACUGGUGGAGCAUGAGGUGGGUUCAUGCAGAUCUUACUUGGGUAUCAUGAAUGCUUUUGCAAUGAUGCUCCAGUGUAUGCACAGCGUGGGAGGAAGCCUUAUUCUCGAAGGAAUUAGCUCACAGACGUCUGGAAGAGCUGAAAGUAGACACAAGGCAGGAAGGAUCUUCAAAGGUCUGGAGGAUGACGGCCACCGUUUUGAAGAUAACCCUGGUGUGAGAAGGCAUCUGAUGAAAAAACCAUCUCGGAGUCAGAUCACCAGGACAAGCAAAAAAUUAGCAUCAACUCCUUCUGUCAAAAAGAAGAAGAAGAAGAAAAAGUUGGAUAGAAAGCCCCACGAGGUGUUUGUGGAGCUGAAUGAGCUGGUGGUGGAUAAGAACCAGGAGAUGCACUGGAGGGAGACAGCCCGUUGGAUCAAGUUUGAGGAGGAUGUAGAGGAGGACACAGCAAGAUGGGGGAAGCCCCACGUGGCUUCACUGUCCUUCCGCAGCCUGUUGGAGCUCAGGAAGACAAUUGCCCAUGGUGCUGUCCUCCUUGACCUGGAGCAGACCACUCUGCCUGGCAUUGCCCACCUCAUGGUGGAGACCAUGAUCAUCUCUGACCAGAUCAGAGCAGAAGACAGAGCCAAUGUGCUGCGUGCCCUGCUGCUGAAGCACAGCCACCCCAAUGAUGAGAAAGAGGGAUUCUUCCCGAGGAACCACUCCAGCUCCAGCAUGAACUCCAUCGUGGGGAACCACCACCACAACCACACCGACACUUGUGUGCCCCUCAUGGGGGAAGAGCGCAUUGAGAUGGCUGAUCCCAAGGCCAGUGAGACAGAGUGCAAGGAGAAAACCCCACAUCUCCAUAACUCUGAGGGCCACCGUAAAUACCUGAAGUUGAUGGAAAAGAUCCCUGAAGAUGCAGAGGCCACAGUGGUCCUCGUGGGUUGCGUGCAGUUCCUGGAGCAGCCAACUAUGGCCUUUGUCCGACUAAAUGAGGCCGUCUUCCUGGAAUCUGUCCUGGAGGUCCCGAUUCCUGUCAGAUUCAUCUUUGUGCUGCUGGGACCAAGCCAGGCCAACAUGGACUACCAUGAAAUUGGCCGCUCAAUCUCCACUCUUAUGUCCGACAAGCACUUCCACGAGGCUGCAUACAUGGCAGAUGACCGUCAAGACCUCCUCAAUGCAAUCAAUGAGUUUUUGGACUGCAGCAUUGUCAUCCCCCCAUCCGAGGUGGAGGGGAAAGACUUGCUCAAAUCAAUUGCCACCUUCCAGAAGUUGCUGCUGAUGAAGAGGAAGGAGAGGGAGCAGAAGUCCAUGAAGGAGGGGGCUGUCCAGGAAGCCAAAGAGCUGUGUGAAGUGAAAGCUGAGGAAGAAGAGGAGGAAGCUGAGGACGACCCUUUGAAGCGGACUGGAAUAUUUUUUGGAGGUCUGGUUCGGGACAUAAAGCGCAGGUACCCCAAAUACCUCAGUGACAUCAGAGACGCCUUGCACAGCCAGUGUCUCGCAGCCGUUCUCUUCAUCUACUUUGCUGCUCUCUCUCCUGCCAUCACCUUCGGGGGACUCCUAGGGGAGAAAACUGAAGGUCUCAUGGGGGUUUCUGAGCUGAUAAUCUCCACCUCGGUUUUAGGGAUACUCUUCUCCCUGCUUGGAGCUCAACCGCUCCUGGUCAUUGGCUUCUCAGGGCCUCUGCUGGUGUUUGAAGAAGCUUUUUACAAGUUCUGCCAGACACAAGGCAUUGAGUAUCUGACAGGCAGAGUGUGGAUUGGUUUGUGGCUCAUCGUCUUCAUCUUCAUUAUUGUGGCAGCUGAGGGAAGCUUCUUGGUGCGCUACAUCUCGCCCUUCACCCAGGAGAUCUUUGCUUUCCUCAUCUCCCUCAUCUUUAUCUACGAGACCUUCUACAAACUGUACAAGGUGUUUGCAGAACAUCCUCUGCUGAAAUUCUACCCACCGAAUGUGCAGAGUGGCCUGAAUGCCAGCAUGCUCUCUGCGGAUGCGAUGUCACUGGGAAUCAGGAUGCAGCCCAACACUGCUCUCCUCUCCCUCAUCCUCAUGCUAGGCACCUUCUUCAUUGCCUUCUUUAUGCGCAAGUUCAAGAACAGCCGUUUCUUAGGAGGAAAGGCUCGGCGAAUCAUCGGAGACUUCGGGAUCCCCAUCUCCAUACUGGUCAUGGUGCUGGUGGAUUACACCAUCACUGACACAUACACGCAGAAGUUGAAUGUCCCCUCUGGCCUGUCAGUCACAUCUCCUCACAAGCGUGGCUGGUUCAUUCACCCCAUGGGCAGCAGCGGGACCUUUCCAGUGUGGAUGAUGUUUGCCUCUGCCAUCCCGGCCCUCCUGGUCUUCAUUCUUAUCUUCAUGGAGACACAGAUCACUACGCUGAUUGUUAGCAAGAAGGAGAGGAAGCUGCUGAAAGGCUCUGGCUUCCACCUAGACCUGCUGCUUAUUGGCACUAUGGGGGGACUUUGCGCGCUCUUUGGGCUGCCUUGGCUGACUGCGGCGACAGUGCGCUCUGUCACCCACGUCAAUGCCCUGACGGUCAUGAGCAAGGCCAUUGCACCAGGAGAGAAGCCCAAGAUUGAGGAGGUGAAGGAGCAGCGUGUGACUGGAGUGCUUAUUGCUGCUCUUGUCGGUCUGUCCAUUGUGAUGGGGAACAUGCUGCGGCAGAUCCCACUGGCCGUGCUCUUCGGCAUCUUCCUGUACAUGGGGGUUACAUCGCUCACUGGCAUCCAGCUCUAUGAGCGGCUGCUCCUGAUCUUCAUGCCAUCCAAGCACCACCCUGACCACAUCUAUGUUGUCAAGGUGAAGACCUGGAGAAUGAAUCUCUUCACCUGCAUUCAACUGGCCUGCAUUGUGCUGCUCUGGGUGGUGAAAUCUACAGUGGCAUCCCUGGCCUUCCCCUUUGUCCUGAUCAUGACAGUGCCAUUGCGACGCUUUGUGCUGCCCCACUUCUUCCACGACAGGGAGCUCAAAGCGCUGGACUCAGAAGAUGCAGAGCCAAACUUUGACGAGGACGGCCGGGAUGAGUACAACGAGCUGCACAUGCCUGUGUGAGCUGAGAGCUGCCCUCUCCACUCAUGAGACAGGCUGCUCACGCCUGCUCAUCCCUCUCAAGGACUAACUGGAGACUUGCUGUGAGUCAUGCGAUCUCUUGCCUGAACCAACAAAUGGCUGUCCUAUAGCCCCACAGGAGGCAGCCCUGACUCCUGCUGCCCCAUCGCUUACUCAGCAGAGGCUGUGAGUCUCUCUCCUCUUGGACCUGGUGGGCUGAGAGAUGCCUCUCACAUCACAGAACUGUGUGGGUCCUGAGUGCCCAUGGGUCAUGGCUCUGCCCCCUCCUCGCUGGAGGCAGCCUGUGCCUGAUCUCCUGGUGGUGAAGGGGAGCCAUGCCAGCUGUGCCACUGUGUCCCUCUCCACUACCAUGAAGCUUGGGUGUCUCAGCACCUUGUGCCACUGAGCAGUCACAGAGAUGGGCUGGAUGCUACCUGCAGACGGCCAAUGGGCUUCUCCUAGGCCAGCAGCCUCCUUGCUCAACUGGCAGAUGCCUUGCUCCUGCUCCCUUUCCUCCUUCCAGGAGAGCUCAUGCUGAGCCUGUGCCACAGACCCUGGCCCAUGAGGCUUCUGCAGCCUGGCAGAUGGGCAGGAAGGGACCAGUACCCUGGUCCUGUCCUCCAGACCAGCAUCCGUCCAGUCAUGAUCCCAGAGGACUGUUUUCAGCUCUUGCUUGGCAGGGGGGAGGCUGUUUGAUUCCUCCUGAUUUUCCCAACCCUUUCCACAAGAAAACUGCAGAGGAAGGGGAGGCUGGUAACAAGCAGGUAUCCUGAAGCCUCGAGUGCCUGUCCUCUUGCAGGGGUUAAGAGGAGUCCUGUGCCGUUCUGCACCUCCAUACAGGUUGCAGGGGUAAAAAUUAAUCACUGGGCUGCAUCCCAGUUCCUGAUUCCCACGUUCUUGCCCCUGAGAGCAAACCAUAUUUAAGAAGCUGUACAAGAGAUAUCGUGCUGGAGUGCAAAACAGUCCUUUGGGUGUCCUCCCUUUCCCUGUGCAGUGAUCCACUGGGUCUGGCUCUCUGCAGUCCUAUGAGGAAGUCACUGAAACCUCCAGCUCACAUUCUGCUGCCAUACCAGCGUCCUGUGUGACCUUUAGUGCCCAGGGGUGCCUUCCAGGUAGGAAGGAGCAGCAUUCAGCAUGCCCAGCACUCAGCCCCAUUCACUUCUGGGCAGUUCCAAACACCUUUCCACCUGGCAGAGCUGUCCCCUGGGGUCUCCCCUAACUCAGAGCUGCCCCAAGAACUGAUGAUGGUCGCUGGCCCCAUUGGCUCUGAGGGUAGUGCCAGAGGAGAAGGCCCUCUCAGCCUCUCCCUGAUGGUUGGAGCCAGAGUGGCCUUCUGGAAGAGGCUGGGAUGCUCACUUUACUAUUGCAUCUGGGACAAGCUGCUGCUCCAGUUCCUAUUUAUCAGCCUGGCUUCUUCCAGAGGUGGUGGAUGCUUCAGCACUGGGAGGGUUCAAUGCCUUUCCAGGAGGCUCCAGAAAUAUCCCACCGGAGAGAGAAACCUCCCCCUGCAGCAGGUUCCUGCCCCACAACCUGGCCCCUUCACAGGGUCUGGGGUGGAGAGGCAAGUGUCUCCAUGUGUCUGUGGCCAUGUGUGUCCUGUCCUCACUGUGUAGUGUAGGAGGCCUGUUGUCGCUGUGCAUUGUGACUCCUCUGACUGUAGUGGAAACAGCUACACCAAUAAACUCUUCACAGGAAUCGU